AUCAUUGCAGUCACGAAAACUUCAAAUCUAGAAUCACUUAGCGGCUGUGUCUCGACAUUUCGCCGUGUUCGUCUUUAAUCCCAAAGUGAGCCCUCCCGCCCGGGAAAGUCCAUCUGACCGCGCCUCCGUCGCCGCGUGGAACGCCUCGCGCACCGCGAACCGAGACGCGCCGUGCCCUAAAGGAUUUGGGUUUUGGUGCCACGGGCGGGACAUAGGGGGGAAGUCUGCUUCGCCUCGCCGAAGUUGACUUCACGUUUAUUUUUUUUAUUUGUUGUCAACUCGCUGGAAUGCACCCUGGCGGGUGCGGGGUUGACGGUCGCGCCGAGGAGGAAACUUCACGGCACUCAGAGGCCAUGGCCGCCACGAGGGCAAGUGGGCGACUCUCAGAAGCCGAUCGACUCCGCAAGGGAAUCCUGGAGCUCAUGGACACGGAGGGCUCCUACAUCCAGGACCUGAUAGAUUUACGAGAUCAUUAUCUUGAACCUUUAAAGCUGGAGGAAUUUUUCACUCACCUUGAGUUGGACUCGGUGCUGUCCGUUCUGCAUGAGAUAAUUCUCUUCCACCAAGAGUUUGUCGCCACUCUGAGGCAAGGGAUGGACCUGGCACCGGACUUCCAGAACCUACAGUCACCUGCCGACUUCAAGCGCGUGCUCUUCUCGCUGGGUGGCUCCUUCCUCUUCUUCUCGGAGCGCUUCCGCCUGUACAGCGCGUACUGCGCCAGCCACGCGCGCACGCAGAGCCGCCUGCGCACAGCCUCUGAAGAGCCGGCUCUCGCCGCCGCCCUGAGGCGGCUGAACCCCGACGGCCAGCACGCCUCCUCGCUGCCCUCCCUCCUCAUCAAGCCCAUCCAGCGCGUGCUCAAGUACCCCCUGCUGCUGCACAGCUUGGUGUCGCCCACCGAGCCGGACAGCGAGGAGCGCUACCACAUGGCGGAGGCCCAGCGCGUGAUGCAGGAGGUGGCCGGGCAGAUUAACGACGCUCAGCGGCUCUUCGAAGAAUUUGGGGAAGCGUUUCACCAGCUCUCUGCCCAGCAGCAGCCUUCGGGAGACGAGGUCGUGGACCUGUCGAUGGGCGACCUGCUGCUGGACGAGCACGUGUCCUGGCUCAACCCACCCGCUCCGCUCAUCCGCUCGGCACAGCGGCAGCACGGCCUGGGCGCGAGAGUCUUCGUGUUCAAGACGGCCGUGGUGCUCGUGUACAAGGAGGAUGCAGCCAUGGGGUCGCUGAGGGCCAAGAAGCGCGAUGAGCCCGACCUGAUCAAGUACAAACACCUCAUCCCCACGAGUCAACUCGAGGUGCACACGGAGCACAGCGCCGACGGCGGGCGGAGCGCCGUGUGGGAGCUGAGGCACGCGGCGCGGGGAGAGAGGCCGGCGGUGACCUUCACGCUGCUGGGACGCGACCCGUCCCGCCGCUCCGCCUGCGUCUCUGCCGUCCGCUCCCUGCUACGUGCGGCGCUGAGAUCCCGACUGCUCAACCGAGACGCCUCCACCACCUCCUCCUCCGCCACGCCGCCGCCUUCAUCCUCCUCCCGGCACUACCAGCCCUUUGGGGGCGACCGGCUGUCUGCUCUGCGCGCCCGAUACCACCGCCAGGACAGCAGCGAACCGAGCAGUCGUCGCUUGCGUAAAAAUAGCAGCAGCGGCGGCAUCAGCAGCAGCAUCGACAGCAUCGACAGCAUCAGCAGCAGCAUCGACAGCAUCAGCAGCAACGACAACAGCCUCUCACAUCCGCCAGAGCCGACGCCUCCCGCACGCCCGACAGAAACAAGCGCGGACUUCAGGGACGUCAAACGGAGGCUGGGAGCCAGCAGGCGGCAGCAGGCACCCCUCGCUGCCGGCGCUGCCGGCGCCGCUGGUGGCUUGGAAAGUGACCACAGAAGACCGGGCGACGGCGGCGAAUACGGUCAAAUGGCGGGUAGUUACGGAGGCCACCGAGACAAUUACAAAGGAGGCAUCGGUGUCAUCGGAGAAGAAAGAUACGAUGCUGGAGGGGGCGGCGCCACUGAAGGAGAUCACGGAGUUUGUCAUGGACGUGGUGAUGGCGGUGGUGAUGAUCAGAUAGUAGUUGGUGGUGGCAUUGGUAAUGAAGGAGCUCCCAGAGGCGACUAUGAAAGAGAAGGAAGAGGCAGUGUCAGAAAGGGUCACCGUGGUCUUGGACGUGAAUCUGAAGGGGGCAUCGAUGUUCCGGGAGAUCUGAGAGUUGGUGGUGAUGGUGGUGGCGACAUGGGAAGAGGUUGUGGAGUUGGCUAUGGAGGAGUUGGUGGCAUCGAAGUUUGCAGCAGAGAAGGCGGACGAGCCGUCGAAGGUCACGGAGGUGCCCGUGGGAGAGGCGGAGCAUCCCUCGACCGCGGCGGCGUUGGCCGUGGCACCGUCGGAGGCGGCUCCAUCGAUGGCGCCGCCGCCGCCGGCCGCCGCGACAAUCCGGCAGGAGCUACCGGUGUCGGCGGAGGUCUUCGCCGCGCGGACGCCCUCGACGACCGGCGAGCAAGAACCCUGGACGGCGGUCGCUCGCGACGCCACCGCGACGACGACCGCGGCGACCACCCCCAGCCCCCCGACGCCGCCCUGGCGGAGGCCACCCUCCUCCUGCGGCGCCUCCAGGCGAGGAACCUCGAGCGGCAGCGACGCAGGGCGGCCUCGAGGUCCUCGGGGGCCUCCUCCCCCCGGGCCUCGCCGCUCCACUCUCCCCUCCCCUCGCCCCCCCCGGCGGUGUCCCGCGGAGGGGGGCCCGUGACGCCGCAGCAAGCGCUGGAGCGGUCGGGGCACGGCGCGAGGGCGGUGUACGACACUCGCACGCAGGCCAUCGCGUUCGGCGAGAGGCUCGCGUGAUCUCGGGGUUGCGGCUAAACGGGGGGGGGGGGGGGGGGGGGGGUUCGGUGGAGGCCGUUUUGGUGCAGCGCUCUCGAGUUUGGCCGAGGGUUCCCCGGUUCGUAGCAGCUCGUUGAAAGCGAAGAGAUUUACGCGACUGUGAAGGGAAGGAGACCUGGGAAGGACGCAUCGCGGCCAGGGGGGACGACGGUCGGCCGGGG